CUUGAUGUUGAUGAUCAGCUUCCUGAAGGUAGUCUGCAGCUGACUCUCUACCAGUACAAAACUUGCCCGUUCUGCAGUAAGGUCCGAGCUUUCCUUGAUUAUCAUGGGCUGCCCUACGAAAUUGUGGAGGUGAACCCAGUAAUGCGGAAGGAGAUCAAAUUCUCCUCCUACAGGAAGGUGCCCAUUCUUCUCACCAACACUGGAAACUCUCUGCAACUGAAUGACUCUUCAGUGAUCAUCAGUGCAGUGAAGACUUAUCUCAUUUCCAGGAGGAAGAGCUUAGAUGAGAUUGUGACAUUUUAUCCUGCUAUGAAAGCUGUGAAUGAUCAAGGCAAGGAGGUGACUGAGUAUGAGAACAAGUACUGGCUCAUGCUGGAUGAAACGGAGACUCAGCAGGUGUAUCCCAUCAAAGAAAUGCUAGUGGAGGAAAUUAAAUGGCGAAAGUGGGUGGAUGACUGGCUUGUUCACCUCAUCUCCCCCAACGUUUACCGCACACCCAGAGAGGCCCUGGCAUCCUUUGAUUACAUUGUUCGUGAAGGCAAGUUUGGCACCAUGGAAGGUUUUUUUGCCAAAUACGUAGGGGCGCUGGCCAUGUUCUUCAUUGGCAAGAGGCUAAAGAGCAGACAUCACCUUCAGGAUAAUGUUCGGGAAGACUUAUACGAAGCAGCCGAUGACUGGGUAAAAGCUAUUGGCAAACACCGACUCUUCAUGGGAGGCAGUCAACCAAAUCUUGCUGACUUGGCGGUGUAUGGAGUCCUCCGGGUCAUGGAAGGGCUGGAAGCCUUUGACGACAUGAUGACUCACACCAAGAUUCAGCCUUGGUACCAUCGCAUGGAGACCACCAUUAAGGAGGCUGUCAUCACAAAUCAGCAUCAGCUGCACCUGCCUGUCUAAAGUCUUCACUCAGGAAAAGCUUACAAUGUUUUUAAUUUUAUUGAAAAUGAACUAGGUUGGCUUCUCCUUAACUGAAGUGCAUGCCCACAGACUGUCCCAUUUAUAGCUGAGAAGGGCCUCCAUGAGACUAACGGAGCAGGACAGGUGUGCCUGGUUUUGCUAUAUAUAGGUGUGAAAUGUUGAAUAAUAGGAACAUGUAACAUGACCCUGAGCUUGGAUCUCAUUGGAAAUGAGGGCAUGUUCUGAUUAAGCAGCUGAGUGCAGCAAACUGACUUUUUGCAAGGGCUCAGGGCAGGCUAUUUAUUAUAACAAAUUCCUGUAGUGGCUUGUUGACAUUACAGCCAAAAGCAGAUGUUUCAGGUCUAUCCAGUUAUGGCAUCAGGCCGUAUCUCCACUCUUCCAAGUUAACCUAAGGAUCUUCCAGGCUGUUUGAGAUACCAAGUAACUCUCAAAUGACAUUCAUGUUUAUCCUGCAGUAAAAUAUAGUUCAGCACUGAGAGGGAUCCCUAUAUGCAAUGGAAACGGUGCUGCUGUCUGCAGGCCGUAUGCUUCCACUGCUUUCAUGAUAAUGGCUGUCUCUUGAGCUGAUUCUGCACUGGCAGGGAUGAUACAGGCUUGCUUCUUUCUCUGCGGUUGUCAGUACCUCCAGCCUCCUGGCUAUUGAGAGAUGGGGAAUCGGAGAGCACAACCCAGGCUGCAAAUCAUUAUUUUGAAACGGUUAUUUAAAAAGAGAAAACAAUAAACCCUCUUCCUCUCA